AGUAUUAACUCGAAUCUUGGUGUACAGUUAGAUCGCCGUAAACAUUAUUAAAUAUUUACAUUUAUUUAAAAUGGCAUGUCUUCAACAGGUUUCCAAGGAGUUUUUAAGAAAAGGAGUUCGAUUAAGCCCAAGUUUAGCUAAAUACAGUUCUUCUUCUGCACCAGGGGGCUACAAUUUUACUCUUAAUGACACUCAAAAAGAAUUCCAGGAAUUAGCUAGGAAAUUCACAAGAGAAGAAAUUAUUCCAGUAGCAGCUGAACAUGAUAGGACAGGAAAAUAUCCUUUUGAGAUCCUUAAAAAAGCAUGGUCUUUGGGGCUCACUAAUAACCAUAUUCCUGAAAAAUAUGGUGGUAUGGGAAUGGGCGUAUUCGACGGAUGUGUCAUAGCUGAAGAAAUCGCGUAUGGAUGCACUGGAAUCAAAACUGCUUUAGAAGGUAGCGGUCUGGGCCAAACACCGGUUUUGUUAACUGGCAAUGACGAACAAAAGAAAAAAUAUCUGGGAAGAUUAAUAGAAGAGCCUUUAGUGGCGGCGUAUGCCGUUACUGAACCAGGAGCGGGUUCUGAUGUGAAUGGAGUUAAGACACGCGCUGAGAAGAAAGGAGACGAAUGGAUACUUAAUGGACAAAAGAUGUGGAUUACUAAUGGCGGAGUUGCUAACUGGUACUUUGUAUUAGCCCGCACAAAUCCUGACCCGAAAGCACCAGCAAGUAAAUCUUUUACUGGAUUCAUUGUAGAAAGAGAAUGGCCAGGUGUAACACCUGGAAGGAAGGAAAUGAAUAUGGGACAGAGAGCUUCAGACACAAGGGGAAUCACAUUUGAGGAUGUUCGCAUACCCAAAGAAAACGUUUUGAUUGGCGAAGGAGCUGGAUUUAAGAUUGCUAUGGGAACUUUUGACAUGACAAGACCACCUGUUGCUGCGGGAGCAGUGGGGCUGGCCCAACGUGCGCUGGACGAAGCGACCAAAUACUCCAUGGAAAGAAAAGCUUUCGGUGUCCCAAUUGCUCAUCACCAAGCUGUAGCCUUCAUGUUGGCUGACAUGGCCAUCGGGGUGGAAACAGCUCGUCUGGCUUGGAUGAAAUCUGCAUGGGAAGUAGACCAAGGAGUUAGAAAUACCCUAGCAGCUUCCGUAGCUAAAUGUUAUGCUGCUGAUAUAGCGAAUAAGUGUGCAACCGACGCAGUCCAGAUUUUCGGAGGAAACGGAUUCAACAGCGACUACCCUGUAGAAAAAUUGAUGAGAGAUGCUAAGAUUUAUCAAAUAUAUGAAGGAACAGCUCAGAUUCAAAGGUUGAUCAUUUCUAGAGCAAUUUUCGAAAAUGCUAAGCAAAAGUUAUAAAAACUUUUUUUAACUAUAAUUUAAGAUUAAAUUUUAAUAACAUCAUGAUCUAUGAUUACCCGCAUACAAAAAACUCCAUUAUUCUAUUACGUAAUAGCAACUAAAGAUUCUGUUGUUAGGUUUUAUUGUUGUUUAUUUAUUUCUUUCAAUUACUGUUUAGCUGUUUGACGCUACAUUUAAAUUAAAUCUGGGCCUUAUAUAAAACAUCACAGGCAGAAAAAAGUACAAAUUUUUUCAUCGACUUCAAUAGAAAAAAGAGUUAGAAGGUAAUAUGUAUUGAUUGACAUUAUUUUUGUACCCAGUUUACAAUUUUUAUGACAAACCAACUUGUUAAAUGUAAUUUUGAAAGCAAUAUAUAUUUUUAUAUUUAU